AUGAAACGUUUAUCAAGAGUCUUUGGCCGCGGUUCUUCUGAGCCUAAGGUUGAGCAGGUGGUGACUGUGCUACCUAACGGCGAGACAGAGACCGAUUAUGUGCCCAAUGGCGAGAUAUCAAAGCCACCAGUGACUGCGCCAGCAGUUGCUGAACCCUGGAUUGUGGAAGAGCGCUCUAUUGACGCAUGCCGUCCCAUGAGGGUUGUGGUCAUUGGAUCUGGAAUUUCGGGUCUCAUCUCAUCGAUUCGUCUCCGACAGAGAAUCGGCAAGUUAGAUCUUUGCGUUUAUGAGAAGAACGCAGAUGUCGGAGGCACCUGGCUCGAGAACAGGUAUCCCGGCUGCGCAUGUGAUAUUCCUGCUCACACUUACCAGGCCACUUUCGAGCCGAACAAGGAGUGGUCAACGUUUUACGCUGCGGCGCCAGAAAUUCACAAAUACUGGAAGCAUGUGUCGGACAAGUACGGCUGCGAAAAGCACAUUAAGUUCAAGCACCAGGUUGUCAGCGCCACAUGGGAUGAUGCCCGAAGCAAGUGGACAUUGCAGGUUAAAAACAUCGACAGUGGCGAUACCAUUGAAGAUGUGUGCGAUGUGGUAGUGUCAGCCAGCGGGGCGUUGAAUGAGUGGAAGUGGCCCAGUAUUCCGGGCCUCCACGACUUCAAAGGAAAGCUCAUGCACAGCGCCAACUGGGACGAGAGCUAUGACUACAGCGGCAAGAGGGUUGCUGUCAUUGGAAACGGGUCAAGUGGUAUCCAGAUUGUCCCUGGAAUGCUGCCGAAAGUGACACACCUGGAUCACUAUAUUCGAGGCCGCACAUGGCUAUCUCCUACCUUUGCACGUGAGCAGGUGGACAAGCGUAGUUCGGAACUUGAGAACUUUUCAUUCACCCCAGAGGAGAUCGAGACAUUCAAAAAGGACCACUCUGUAUACCAGAAAUUCCGCAAAGAAAUCGAAACCGAGUUGCAGUCCGUCCAUGGCUGCACGCUUGUUGGCUCGCCAGAGCAAGUUGGGGCCACAGCCUUUUUCACAGAGAAUAUGAAGCGCCGGCUAAGGAACAAGCCGGAGCUUAUUAAUGACCUACUGCCAUCGUUUGCGCCGGCUUGCCGUCGACUGACUCCUGGACCCGGAUACCUCGAGGCUUUAACAGACGACAAGGUCGAAGUCAUCUCGAAUCCCAUUGUCAAGAUCGUCGAAGAUGGCAUAGUCACUGAAGACGGAAAGCAUCAUCCAACAGAUGUUGUCGUCUGUGCCACUGGGUUCAACACCACCUUCACACCACGAUUUCCCAUUUUCGGUAAGGAUGGAGUGUCUCUGGCAAAGCGAUGGGAAACAACACCGGCGAACUAUCUUUCCCUCGCAGUGGAUGGGUUCCCCAACUACUUCAUCUGCCUGGGUCCCAACGCAGCGCUAGGUGAGGGCAAUUUGCUCCUCCUGAUUGAGAAGGAAAUCGACUACAUCACGUACUGCCUCGAUAAGAUGCAGCGAGAUAAUAUCAGAGCAAUGAGCGUGCGGAGAGACGCUGUUGAAAGGUUCACCAAGCACUGCGAUCAGUAUUUCUCACGAACGGUGUUCGGAAUGGAAUGCCGCAGUUGGUAUAAGGGCGGAUCGCUGAACGGCAGAGUUACAGCACUGUGGCCUGGUUCUUCUCUCCACGCGAUGAAAGCUCUUGCCUUCCCCAGGUGGGAAGACUAUACAUAUGACUAUGUCAACGACAACCCUAAUGGUUGGAUUGGCGACGGCUGGGCAGAAGAUGAGAGGCACAAGAUUAUCACCCGCGGGUACCGGGACCUCGUUCUCCGCACCAGCUCUCCGCCUCCGCUCCCCGAGAUUACCAGGGCAUUACAGAGUACCGCACCGAUGAAUAAGAAUCAACGGGCCUCAUUGUUCGCACGAGGCUAUUUCUUCCGUCUCCGUCGAGUCGGGCGAGGACGUGGAAACGCCACUGACACGGGGAAAGGCAAAAGGCCCAUGGAACUCGUGGAUAGCACCACUGUGACAGGCCGAGAGCAGCUUCUCUCCCCCUCCCGCCCAGACUCGAUCUCUCUCGAGGCCCCUUCGUUACCCCAGAAUUUCCUCCCCCAAGCUCCUCCCCGAUGCAUCCCAAACAUUCGCCAUGAAGCCGACCAAGCAUUUCUGCUGCACCAUUUGCCAGCGGGGUUUCACACGCAUCGAUCAUCUGAAACGACAUCACUUGCGUCCGAGUCGUUCGCCCGGUGCGAUAAUUUGCGCGAUCACUACGCAGACUGCGCAAAACGUGGCGACCGGGAGAUUCCAGAAACGGCGAUGAAACUUCGCUGCGAUGGACAAAAUCCAUGUGGCUCUUGUGUCAAGAGAAACCUUGAAUGUAACAAAGAACGCAAGAACCAAACCGACAGCCCGGGGGCUAGUUCAGAUACACCUUCUAUUAGACCAGAAGAGCAUGAGCGACCAUCGGAACGAGGGUCUAUCAAGUUUCUCCUCAAUGGGGGAACAGACAGUUUCACAGAGGAGUUCCUCCUCCCACCGCGCAGCGAUCGGACUCGCGGACUUGAGUAUCAUCACCAGAAAGAGGAAGCGGAGAGCUCGAUGCUCGCCUUCGAUACAAAACAAGAUACUACCGAGUUUGCGCCAGCAUUUGUCGACUUGGAUCCCAAUAGUCUGUCUUUCUUCCAAGACUCUUUCCUCGACUUUUUCAACGGACCAUUCGGAGAAAUGCACAAGUCAAUGACCGAUCCAUACGCCGGGGGCAUGAUAGACUACCCCGUCAUUCCUUCUAAUCAAGACCCUAACUUGACAUUCCCCAGUCAGCAGCCAUUCGAGCCUGAGAGACCAUACGCAACUGCCAUGAUACAAGCAAUCGUGUCACGGGCGUGGUCGGUGCCGCUCGAUGCAAAAAUACACGAGGAGAUAUCGACAAGCCUGACCUUUCUUCUGACGACAGCGCGCAUUCAGAAAUUCGUUGGUCUAUACUUCAAAUACUGGCAUGCGAACUGCACAUUCCUACAUGCUCCGUCAUUUAAUCUUGAUUCUGCUGCGUUGCCCCUUCUCACGUCUGUUGUCUUCAUGGGCGCAAUGUACACGAAGGAUGAACGAGAGCGCUAUGUGGCGAAGAGACUCCUUGAUUUUGCGGAGCUCUAUGUCUUUUCCAGUGACAUUUACUCUAGCGAGUAUGAAGUGGCCGCAACAAUUUGCGGCAAUCGACAUGCCGAAAGCGAAGCCCAUGGUUGGAUUCAGUUCCAGAAUCUCCAGGCCGGCUUUCUGAUGGUGGUGGCACAGUACUGGGCGGGAGGGCCUGUAUCUGGCAGUCGUGCCAUGGAGAAUCGAUUUAGUGAGCUUAUCAAGAUUGCACGGCGAAUAGGCCUCGUCAGUUCCCACCACACACCUGAAGAUGGGAUCGAUGAACAAAUAUGGAUCCAAAACGAGUCCCGCAUCCGUACCAUGAACAUUAUAUCUACUCUCGACUGCGCCUUUUCAUUUUAUCAGAAUUACCCGUGCCGACUCACCCAUACUGAACUACGAUGGGAAUUUCCGUGUUUUGACUCGGUAUUUGCCUCCGUGCAUCCAUCUGCAGAUCCGAAAUUUCAAGUCUCACGACGAAUCACCAUUCGUGAUGCGUUCGACGCCUUAUUCGAAGAUGCCGGAGGGCAUGACACCGCUUCUCCGUCUCCUCUGCCAGGUGCGCUUGCAAGCCUGACAGCACUAGACAUGUGGGUCUUAAUUCACGUUUUGUAUGCUUUCAUCAAUACCCACAUGACUUGCCUAGCUCCUCUCAUGCGAUUCACCCAUAAUCCCACAAUUAGCCAGCUCGGUACGCCUAGUUUCGGAAAGAAACGCCAGGCUGUUGCCCAAGAAGACCCGACUUUGAUGCCUAUUCGCAUGGCUUUGAUGCGAUGGCGGGAUCAUUGGCUGGGCCUCCGCAACACGGUGAGCAGUCACGAAUGGGCCUCUAUGGGCUUCUACAAGAAUGGUUACAACUUCUGGCUCGUAUCGCAACUCUUGAUCACCAAAAAGGAGAGCGUCGACGUGAUAAUGAAGAUGGAAGUACGCUGUGAGGAUAAGUUGGAGAAGCUCAAGGUCCUCCUACAGGAUGAGAAUGAUUGA